AUGGCCAACCCGACUACAAGCACAUACCGCGCCAUCGUGCGCGAGGUCUCCAAGGCAUCUAUAUUCCCUCGCGCGGGCCGCAAUAAGGAAAUUGCGGCGAGCUUCCGUGCCGUGGCUGCUAAACGCACCACACAAGAGUGCGCGGACUGGCAUCUUACCAAUGCAUUGACUUUCAUGCGCGCUCAACGCACACACAAGGAGUUGCUAGACCGGUAUAACCCGCUGGUGGAUCUCACGGCUGAGGAGAGGAUAGAGGCUACUGCGAGAAGAGUCGGGUUGAAUAUGCCUAUCACGCCGGAGGGAGAGGGCAAGAAGGGCGAGGAGUAA